AUGGACGAACCUCUGGACUCUGUUGUGGAGACAUCCGCCCCCAAAAAACGGACACGAGUGCAAUUUUCCUGCACGGCUUGCAGGUAUCGAAAAUUGAAAUGCUGCCGCAAUCACCCUUGCGCUAAUUGCAAGAAGCGAGGCGAGGCCACAUCAUGCACCUAUGUCGGGCGCGGGCCACGAGCUAAAGCCCAAAAUGGGCGCUUAAGCCCGACUCUAGUUCAGGACCGCUUGCAUCAUCUAGAGAAUCUAGUGAUGUCUCUUGCACAAAAGCAGAGAUCUGGUCCCGAUAUCGAUUUCAAUGCAGUGCAACCAAAGAAUCGGGACGGUUAUGCAACGCCCUCACCGGGCAGCUCUGACCGUGAUGCUGCGUUGGUUCCUGUUGAUACGGGCACGCUGGUCGUCAAAAAUGAGGGGACUAGUUAUAUUGACGGUGCAAAUUGGCGCGCUAUCCUAGAAGAGGUCCGUCUUGAUCUGGUUAUUGUUGCGCUCUGGGAUGAUUGUGCUGACGGGUUCUCGCAUCUGAAGAUUAAUGACGUGAAAGAAUAUCUAGACGAGGAUGGGGAAAACACCGACGACGAAGGUGUCGAGACAGACCCGUACGAUGACUCGUCACCAGUUCUCCUGCUUGGUCGUGGUCGUCCGGUGAGCAAAGAGGAGGUGCUUAUGGACAUCCCUGCGCGGUCAAUAGCCGAUCGUCUGGUCGCUCGAUUCCUCAAGACGUCUGAACCGGUACGAGUGUCAAUCCACGUUCCCACUUAUCAGAAAGAGUACGAGGAGUUCUGGCUGCGCCCAGCAGAUAAAUCAUUCACUUGGAUUUCUCUCUUAUAUUCGAUUAUGGCUUUAUCUGUCUCUCUAUAUCAUCGAGGCUCAGAGCCGUUGCGUUCUAGCAUGGCUGACCCUAUUAAGUCAUGGGCCAUAUUCCGGAAAAGGUCCUCGCAGUGUCUGAUCCAAGCGAACUACAUCACCCCCGGGCGAUAUAAAGGAGAAGCGCUAUUCCUUUACUCACUCAUCGAGUUCUACAGCACCCAGGAUGCGCAUAUUGGAAUGUCCUAUUUGCUCGGGAUGACUAUUCGCCUGACUAUGCGUAUGGGUUACCAUCGUGAUCCACGUCAUUACCCAAUGCUAUCUGCCAUGGAUGGGGAAAUGCGCCGCCGUCUCUGGGCCUUGCUUGUUCAGCUCGACACUUUAGUCUCAUUUCAAGUCGGUGUCCCUCGAACUAUCCAGCCUUGGCAAUAUGACACGGAGUUGCCCUCUAACUUGUUGGACACCGACUUCGACGAGACUUCCGUUCAAUUACCACCUGAGAGACCAACGAAUGAAGGAACAGAUUGCACGUACACGAGGGCCAAAUCUCACAUUAUGAGUGUCUUUGGUCAGAUAACAGACCUAGCAUUUUCUCGUGAGCACUCAUCCUACGAUGAGAUCAUGGAAAUUGACCGUCGUUUGGAGACCGCACAUGAUAUGUUACCCUCCUGUUUGCAAAUCCGGCCGAUGACGCAGUGUAUCGCAGACCCAGCAGAGCUGACCGUGCGACGCUUCGCAUUGGCGCUCCUGUACCAAACAGCACGUCUUGUCCUACAUCGCCGGUAUAUCGCUGAGGUCAAUCCCAAAUUUGCUUACUCGCGAUCAAUCUGUCUAGACGCAGCUCGGAAAGCGCUUCAACUCCACACAGAGAUCUGGACCGAGUUUAUGCCUGGUGGUCAGUUAUACGCAGAACGAUACUUCCUCAAGUCCCUCCAAAAUUCCUUUUUGCUCUCGGCAAUGAUUCUUUGCCUUGAGAUGUCCCGGGAUGCUGAUCGUGAUGAUGCCGCACGUCUUGAACCUCAAGAACGCACAGAGUUCUUGCUUCUCCUGGAAAGCACUCAUCGCAUAUUCAUGGAAUCCAGUCACCGGUCUGUAGAUACGCAGCGAGCAGUAAAUGCUUUGAAUAUUAUGCUCAAACGGGUGAAGAAAAGUGACUUUCAAUACGCCAGUUCGACUGCCGGGCAAUCAACGGCGCCCAUGGGUAAUGAUAUCCCAACCCAACCUACGGUUGCAGCCGUCAUUGAUCAUCAAUACUCAGCAUACGAAUCCAAUACUGGCGAAUUGCAGUCCGCAAUACCCAACCCCGGCCAGACGCCGUUAUACAAUUCCAUGGAGGUUAUUGAAGACAUGCUUGAUAUACCCGCUCAAGUCGACUGGAACCUGUACGACAGUCACAUCUCAGGUGUCCAAACGGCCAAUAAUAACAUCUGGUACUCCGAUGGUCCAGCGACUCCGGUGUACACUUUCGGUGCGUAUCCUGGCGUAUCGCCAAUGGAUCAACAGAGCUACCAACAACAUUGA